UUGCUAACGUCGCGAUUGUUUACUACAGCAGUUUUUGGGGGGGGGGGGGGUCUUGUCUAAAAUGGAACUAAUAUGCAGGACCUGCUUGAAAGACGAACAGGAGCUGUCCCCAGUCUUCGACACGGAAGCGGCAAGCAUGUUAGAAGACUGUCGGUUCAUGAAGGUGUCACCCCAAGACAGCCUCCCGCAAAACAUCUGCAUCAAAUGUUACCAGCUACUCGUCCAGUGCUACAACUUUAAGAAACAAUGCGAACAAUCGGAGAUCACGCUGGCACAAAUGCAGAAAAUCGACGCGAAGACAUUCCACUGCGGCGCGUGCGGGAAAACAUUUGACUCAAACGCCAAACUUAAAUCUCACAUGUUGUCGGUUCACGAACUUCGGUGCUUUAAUUGUGAUGGUGUCUUUGUUUCGUCGUACGAUCUCGAUAGUCAUUCUUGUGGCUUUAGAAGUGACAAAGAAGACUCGCUCACUCAGGAUGACCUGACGGCAUUUUUGGACGCAGAGGCGCCUCCGCCCUUGCCUUUUCAAUGUACCGAAUGUACGCACUCUUUCAAAGUGCAGGACGAUCUGGAUUUACAUCUGUCCACGCACUUACAGGCGGGCGAUUAUGCGUGUAACCGAUGUCAAAAACAGUUCGCAACUAGACAAAUGCUGAAAAGGCACAUCAAAAUCCACAUGGUCGACAAGCCGCACGUCUGCAAGCAGUGCGGGAAAGGUUUCGCCGAGUCCCACGCGCUUACGAAACACACGAAGAAGCACUUGGGGCAGCCGAGAGAGAAGAGGCACCUGUGCACGAUCUGCGGUCAGCGCUUCGGCGAACCGUUCUACCUGAACAUUCACAUGAGGAAGCACACCGGAGAGCGACCCCUGAUAUGCGCGACGUGCGGAAAGUCGUUCGCCGAUCCGCGCUCGUUGAAGGCGCACCAUAUGACUCACACCGGCGAAAGGCCGCACAAGUGCAACCUCUGCGGGAAGGCCUUCAGUCAGAGCGUGAAUCUUAUCAAGCAUAUACGAAUACAUACCGGCGAGAAACCGUACGUUUGCUCCGAGUGCGGGAAGUGCUUUACGCAAUCGUCGAGUUUGGACAAACACGCCCGUACGCAUACUGGGGAAAAGCCCUACAGCUGUGAGCACUGUCUGAAAAGGUUCGCCGAGAAGGGAACGUUGGUGCACCACAUUCGCACGCACACCGGCGAAAAGCCGUACGUCUGCGACCAGUGCGGGAAGUGCUUCGCCAGUUCGUACGAGUUGAAACUGCACGAUCGCAAGCAUUCGGGAGUUAAGGCGAACAUUUGCAGCGCGUGCGGCAAGGACUUCGCCACUAAGAGCAACCUGUCGGUGCACAUGCGCACGCACAGCGGAGAGAAACCGUACCAGUGCGCCGUGUGCCGGCGAGCGUUCGCCGAUAACGGCUCGUUAAAGAAACACCUCAAAGUGCACCAAAGUGUUCCGAUACAAACGCUACCUGAUCCGUGCGUCGAGAUCGGAUUAAACGAACGACUUUAUUUCAACCUCUCGUAAUACAUAUCUAGUUGUACUAUUCUAUGAUAAUUACA